GAAGAGCGAGCACAACACCUGUGCUUCUGACACACCAUGUCUACAGGGGUGCAGCUCUGCUGCCUCGGAACCAUCCCCCCUAGUGUUGCACCACCAAUCAAACCGUGCCACAACAUGGCAUCAAGGGCAUGAGUGCCAAUUGCAGGGAAACCAGGCAGUGGUGCCUUUGCCAUCCAAUUACCUGAAAUGAAAAGCACAUCCCUUCGCUCAUUGUUUGAGGUGGUGUGGUACUCUUCAUACCUGAUGAGACACCAAGUUGUUGGUAAAAGACCUAAAGGGUCAGGAUCUUCUGAUAAAAGGGUUGCCAUGGACUCCACCUAGCCCCCACAAUUUGUGCAGUGAUCAAUUCAAGACUUUAAAAAGCAAUCAAUUACCCACGCAAAGCUUUUCACUUUGUGCCACUGGAAACCAAAAGAGAAACCUCCAUUGCUGCUUCAUGUCCUCUAGUCUCUUCAUAAGUCAUUCUCAGACAAAAUCCACCCUUCCCUCUUCAACUGGUUGUGAUCACACCCCAUCCAUUUUGUGAGCAAAAGAAAUGAAAUCAAUGAAGGGAAGAUUCCUAAAGAAAUUGAAUUUCAUUCCAAGUAUAAGCACACUGAAACAAGGUCUAGUUUCCCAUCUGAACUCCACAGAAAGUUUUUCCUAUCAGAACCUGCAGAUACCACCAAUUUACAUACAAGAGGAUCACAAAAAAGACAUUCUAGCUGGUAGGUUUGGUGUAUCAAAGCACAAAACAGAAUCAAAAGAUGAAGAACUGGAUUUGGAACUUAAUUUUGUCGACAAGGUGAACAUUGCAACCUCCGUAUUAUCCAAUGACAGAGUGCCUGCCAUGGAUAGUCCCGAGGCUCCAGUCUCAACGGAGAUCACCGUGGAGCAAGACACGGAAAAUGAAGCUGAGAAAGAGAUUGAAGAACAUCCAUCUCUUUCAGAUUUUGAAGAGAAAUGUCUUCCAGGAGGAAGCCAGUCUGUAAUUCUCUACACAACAAGCUUGCGAAGUAUAAGAAAGACAUUUGAGGAUUGUCAUGCUAUUCGGUUUUUGUUGGAAAGUUUGAAAGUAAUGUUCUGCGAGAGAGAUGUUUCUUUGCACUUGGAAUUCAGGGAGGAACUAUGGAGGAUACUGGGUGGCAGAGUGAUUCCUCCAAGGCUUUUCAUAAAGGGAAGGUACAUAGGAGGAGCUGAUGAAGUGAUUGGCUUGCACGAGCAAGGUAGGCUGAAGAAGCUCUUGGCAGGUAUACCUCUCAACCUGUCUAAUUCCCCAUGCAUUGGUUGCGGCAACAAGCGAUUUGUUGUUUGCUCCAAUUGUAAUGGCAGUUGUAAGGUCUUUGAAGAUGAUCAGAAUAAUGAGAAGUGCAUUAGAUGCCCUGAAUGUAAUGAAAACGGAUUGGCUAAGUGCCCCAUCUGCAGCUGAAAGUCCAGCUAUUGUCCUGAAGGUCUUUGUUGAUUCUGUAAUGUUUUCCAUCUUCCCUAACUAUUUCUUCAGUUUUAUAUUAUCAGACUAUCUUGUAACUUGUACAUUACUUGGAUAGAACCCUGCUGCUUCAGUUGCCGCACAAGAUGCUAGGCCUAUAUAUAUGAGUGGAGGAGUUGAUGAAAUGUAACACCAAGUGUCCUGAGUGCUUGCGAUAGAGUAGUUAAAGCCCUUUCUGCUGUAGAAAAUCUAUUGUUAUUUCCUUGCGCACCCCCUUUUUUUUUAUAUAUCUUGUUUUCCUAUCUUCUCUAACAUUUCUCUUCAUUUAAAUUUCAGUUGCAAUUU